AAAUCUAUCAAUAAAAAAUCUAAGAACAGUAUUAUUUUACACACACAUAAAGGUACCCAUAAGAUAUCAUUUCUGAUGAAAAAACACCACUUAGAAAAAUGUGUAGAUAUAGAAAUAAUACAUUUAGAUAUGCUAGUCUUGUCAUCUGUUGCAACAGGACUUUUUAGACCUACUAUAUUCAACCAUUUUUGUAUUCACCACAUCCUUGUUUUGGUCUGUAAUACAUUUCUUCUUCUUUGGUGAGGAUUAACGCUGGUUGGCAUCCAAUAUAUGUUGCAUUGCCACCACCAACUAGACUGGAGUAUACAGUAUAUAUUCAUUAUACUCUGUGAUACAAAAUGGGAACAGGAAAAAAACUACCAUUUCAACUCACCCUACACUCAUUAAAACCCCACAAUCCUAUUCCCCUAUAUAAUCCUACACCAGGCCUACCGCCUGGGAGGACGGAACACUACCACUCAUCACCCGCUGCAACGCUUCUGCAUUAAAACCUCGCAAUCCCAAGUACUUCCCUGCAGCUGCCACCACAACCUCUACUUUCUAUAACUAACGUUCCAUUUCUGCAGUAGAGUUGAUAACCAUGGCUAUGGAUGCUAAGACUCCCACCUCACUGAAGCACAAAUUAUUCCUAUCACUCUCCAUUGGCCUACUCACCGGAAUCCUCUCAGUAUCCCUCGCCCUGUACCCAUCUUCCUCUACCAUUGCCUCAGCAUGACACCUUCUGUACUACUCUGACCCUGGCAACCUCAACCUGCCAUUCUCUCACCAGACACAUCCAACUGCCAGCAUACCUAUAACAACGUAAUGGGUUCGGGACAAAAGCUCUCACGGGAUAACUGGCACAUCCUAACUUAACUUUGUCGGGUAAAAACUCAUCAGGACAGACAGUCUUCCCUGUCACCACGCUCUCCACCAGGUCUGCUUCGCACCAAACGUUGGGCAACACAUACACCAGGAAUCUUCCAUUUCAAUUGCUCCUCAACACUUAAUGCCACCCAGUUAUAACUCCUUUCAAUGGCACCCUACUCCGGAGUUCUUGUCCCUAGGCGCUUGGUUCGGAUUGCCCACUCCCUCUGGACAAAAAGACCAUCACGAGUCUACCUCAAGUUACUUUCAUUGACUCUCCACCCAACCUGACACCACACAUGGAUCCGCCAGAAGGCAAGGAUCCAUUCUCUCCAAAGAGCUCAUUCCAACUCAUCCUCAUCAUCAUUGGGAUGAGGCUGAACCUCGACCAUCUUCACCACACCUGCCACCGCAGGUGCAUCAUGGGACCUUUGAUUCAGCAAGUCUGUUUGUUAACAUUCCUCAUCCUCUUUAAUGCCUGUUCAUCUGUUGCAGAUAAGCAGCUUGUUGUCCCUCCUGACCCUGUAGUUACCUCUGCUGGUCAUGAUGUCAUCCUUCCCUGUCACCUGUCUCCUCAAACCAGUGCUGUUAACAUGGAUAUCAGGUGGUUUAAGGAAGGAGAAUUCGCUAGCCCCCUGUACCUGUAUGAUGGUGGAAAGGUAACAGAGGGGAAAGGCUAUGAUGGAAGAGUGAGUAUGUUCACUCAGGAGUUGGAGAAAGGCAAUAUAUCACUGCUGCUGAAUAAUGUCAUGGCUUCUGAAAGGGGAAUCUACAAAUGCCAUGCCAGCUACAUGGACUGGAUUCAGGAACUGCCUGUUGUACUACAGGUUAAACAGCAGGGCAGUGUCCCCAGGAUCUCCAUGAGGAAGCACCACAGAGUGUUCAUCCAGCUCAGCUGUAGCUCAGAGAACUGGUACCCAGAGCCUGACAUGUUGUGGACAGACAGCAGUGGGAAGGAGAUCACCUCAGCAGAGACAGAGAGACCCAACCAGAAGGAGGGGGGCGUCCUGUACUCUAUAACCAGUCACAUGAGAAUAGGGAUGGACAAACUGGAGGGGAUCACCUGUGUAGUGAUGUCACAGUACCAGGGAACCAAGAUGGAGUCUAAACUGCAGAUGACUGAGGAAUUCUACAUGAGCAGUCUGCCUGACCGGGUGUAUAUCUCUGCAUUUAUGAUUCCUGUGUUUUUGGGACUGCUGUGUAUCACUGCAUCUGUGCUCUCCUUAAUCCAUCAGAGAAGAGUUGUUCGAGAAAAACUGAAGCCUUUGGACGAUAUGAAUGCAAAAUUAAAAGCUAUGGAUCAAGAGCUCAUCAAAAAGACAGAGGAACUCACUUAUAAGGAUAUGUUAAUGGGAAUUACUGAAACAAUCCCAGACUCUGUUUGGAGCUUGAUGGUUGAUCAUGCAGUGGAUGUGACUUUCGAUCCUGACACUGCACAUCUCAGACUAUCUUUAUUUGAUGAUAACAAAUCUCUCAAAUUUGGAGAAUUAAAAGAAAAAAAGGAUUGUGAGAAUUUCAAAGAAAAAUGCAAAGGAAGCAGCAGCAUGAAGUUUGAAGAAGAACACAAAGAAGACACAGAGCGUUUUGGAGGAAAACCUACAGAAAAUAGUAUGUUAAAUGUUUCAGGAAAAGACAAAGACAAGAAAACUGGAUUAUUUAACAGGAUGAUGAAAAAAGGACAAAACAACGAAGGUACUCUGCAGGUUGAGGAAGUACACAAAGAGGAGGCCACUGAGAAUUUAGAAGAAAAAUGCAAAGGCACUAAAAUUAGGUUUAAUCAAAAUACGUGUGUCUUGGGAAAGGAAGGAUAUGACAAAGGUACACAUUACUGGGAGGUUGACCUGGGGAAGAAGAGCCAGUGGAGUGUUGGGAUCGCUCAGGAAACUGAGAAGAGAGACAACAUCCAAAUGUAUCCACAUACUGGCUUCUGGAGCAUAUUUUACAAAGAUGGAGAACUGAAAACAGUUGAACCGUCUUCCACUUUCCUUCCCAUUGAACUGACACCUGAGAAGCUGGGAGUUUUCAUGGACUAUGAGGGGGGACAGAUAACAUUUUUCAACGUGGAGAAGAAAUGCCACAUACACUCCUUCUGUGGCAUGUUUACUAAGAAACUCUAUCCAUUCUUUGGUCCUUUGAUUGAUUGUAAAGAGGAACUCAAAAUCUCACCUGUGGUAAAAAGAGACAAACCCUCAACCUCCAAGAACUGUUAGUGUAAAUAAUGGAAGAUGACAAAGUCAGUGAAAACAGAAAGGUAUUUAGAACCCAAAGUAUAUUAUAGACACUUAAAUUUAAGCUGAAAAUGUAAAUCCUAAAAUGUUGUUUAGCAUGAAAAGUUAAAGCCGGUGCGCCUGGUACCUUCUACCAUACCCCGUUCAAAUACACCUCAGUCUGUUGUCUUGCCCAUUCACCAUCUGAAUGGAACACGUACACAAUCCAUGUCUUAAUUGUCUUAGGUUAAAGAAGGAUUUUUAAGCAUUGUCUCCCACUUUCAUCUAAACUGGUAUAACAGGUGACAUCAAUAAGGGAUUAUAGCUUCACCUGGAUUCACCUGGUCAGUCUGUCAUGGAAAGAGCAGGUGUUCUUAAUGUUUUGUACACUGUGUUAAUCUAUUUAAAUGUAAAGUCGCAGUUGUUUUAAUUACAAUAUGUAUGACAAUAUAGAAUCAUUGACUCACUCACUGUAAUUAUGUGUAAUAUUCUGUUUAAAAGCUUUUCACUCACAUUUUUACAAAAUCUGUAAAAAUGUAAAAAAUGUUUUGUGACAAUAAUAAAAGGCAUUUUAAUAAAA